GGAAAGGGGAGGCUGCGCAGGGCGCAUGCGCGGUGGCGCUGUCGGGAGAGCGCGGCGGGACAAUUGAGCGCAGAGGUGGGACCGGCGGCGGGAGCGCAGAGCAGUACAGCUAAAUAUGAGGCGAUCUGCAGCUCCAAGUCAAGUCCUAGGAAAUGCAGGCAAAAAGCCAAGGUUUAUACCACCAGGAAAAUGUACUACUGCUUUUCUCAAGAAUGAAAUUAAGGAGAUGGACCAAGAAAUUAAGUUAAAGGAGAUAGAUGAGAAAGAGGGAGGUGCUUCAUUGCUGUCUAAAAUAAAUGUCCAGAAUCAAAAUGAAAAUUUUACACAGUUUGUGGAGUCAACUGGAAAAGUAAAGACAAAAGCAUGUUCCAGUACUGACAAGUGUAACAAGGCAGAAAUGAAAACGCUGAAAGUGCCCAAAACUGAUGCACUGUAUUUGCCAACAUCAAGGACUGCAAAGGAAGAAGCAGUUCAGGAAGCACCUGACUGCCUUGUGAAAUAUUUCAGUGUCGUGUGGUGUAAGGCAUCAAAGAAAAAGCACAAGAAGUGGGAAGGUGAUGCUAUUCUUAUUACAAAAGGAAAGUCAGUAAUAUUGAAAGAUAUGGAAGGCAAAGACAUUGGCAGAGGUACUGGAUAUAAAGCUAAAGAGCUAGACAGUCUCGAUGAAGGUCAAACACUGAUGGUUGGCGGAAAAGAAAUUGAAGUGAUGGGUGUAAUUUCAGCAGAUGAUUUCAGCAGUGGCAGGUGUUUUCAGGCUGGAAUAGGGACUCAUGACACAGAUGCAACUGCAUUAUCUCAAACUAAUACAAAACCAUUCUGUAAACCAUUCAAAAAUGUCUGUCAACCCAGUACUAAAGAGAAUAUGCUCAAAGAUUCUCAAAGCUGCAAACCUCGCCAUGAUCCAAAUGCUUCAAAUUCUCUAGUUAUGCCACGACCAAAUGCAAGUCAUCAGUGGAUGUUCAAUAAGGCUGGUUUACCUGUGGUGGAUGUAGUUGUAGAUCCUUACAUUGCAAGUAAUCUCCGCCCACAUCAGAAAGAAGGAAUUAUAUUUCUAUAUGAAUGUGCAAUGGGAAUGAGAGUUAGUGGCAGAUUUGGAGCUAUUCUUGCUGAUGAGAUGGGCUUAGGAAAAACCCUUCAAUGCAUUGCACUUGUCUGGACUCUUCUGCGUCAAGGGCCCUAUGGAUGCAAACCUGUACUAAAGCGAGCACUGGUAGUCACCCCGGGGAGUCUGGUGAAAAACUGGAAAAAAGAGUUUCAGAAAUGGUUGGGAAGUGAAAGGAUCAAAGUCUUUACAGUUGAUCAGGACCACAAAGUAGAAGAAUUCAUGGGCUCUCCCCUUUAUUCAGUUAUGAUAAUCAGUUACGAGAUGCUAUUGCGAUCUUCAGAUCAAAUUCAGGCUGUAGAAUUUAACCUCCUCAUCUGUGAUGAAGGACAUCGUCUGAAAAAUAGCACUAUUAAGACAACUACAGCCCUUACUAGUCUAUCUUGUGAGAGGAGAAUUAUUGUUACUGGUACUCCGAUCCAAAAUGACUUGCAAGAAUUUUAUGCAUUAAUAGAGUUUGUGAAUCCAGGAAUACUCGGUUCUUUAUCCACGUAUAAAAAGAUAUAUGAGGAACCAAUUGUCAGAUCUAGAGAACCUACAGCAACAGAGGAAGAAAAGGAAUUAGGAGAAAAAAGAGCAGCAGAACUCACACGCCUCACUGGACUCUUUAUUCUAAGAAGGACACAGGAGGUUAUAAACAAAUUUCUGCCCCCCAAAAAGGAGAGCAUAAUCUUCUGCCGACCAACAACACUGCAGCUUGAAUUGUAUCGAAAACUGCUUAGUUCUCGUGUUAUUACAUCCUGUCUGCAAGGCAGGCUGGAAAAUAGUCCACACCUAAUAUGUAUAGGAGCUUUGAAAAAACUUUGCAAUCAUCCAUGUCUUCUGUUUAAAGCUAUAAAGGAGAAAAGCUGUGAUCCUAUGUCUGAGGAAUAUGAUGAGUCCAGCCUCUAUGAAGGUGUAAUAGAUGUCUUCCCACAAGAUUAUACUUCAGAUACUUUCUCUGAAACUGACUCAGGAAAAUUGCAGGUGCUGGUGAAGUUGUUAGCAGCAAUCCAUGAGCUCAACUCUUCUGAAAGAGUUGUGUUGGUAUCCAAUUACACUCAGACGUUAAACGUAUUACAAGACGUAUGCAAACAUUAUGGAUACUCCUAUACUAGACUUGAUGGACAUACUCCUGUCUCCCAGAGACAACACAUUGUUGAUACUUUCAACAGUAAAUUCAGCCCAGCCUUUAUCUUUUUGCUGAGUUCAAAGGCUGGUGGAGUGGGAUUAAACCUGGUUGGAGCAUCUCAUUUGGUCCUGUAUGAUAUCGACUGGAAUCCAGCUACAGAUAUUCAGGCAAUGGCUAGAGUAUGGAGGGAUGGUCAGAAACAUACUGUCCAUAUCUACAGGCUGCUAACCACAGGCUCAAUAGAAGAAAAGAUUUAUCAGCGACAGAUCAGCAAACAAGACCUUUCUGGGGCAGUUGUAGACCUUUCCAAGACAUCUGAACACACACAUUUUUCUAUUGAGGAGCUUAAAAAUCUCUUUACUCUGCAUGAAGAUUCCAGCUGUGUUACUCAUGACUUGCUUGAGUGCGACUGUAUGGGAAAGACUGACCAUCAAAAUAUUUCCUCAGAGAAGCCUCCCAUAUCUAGGAGCUACCAGCUUGAACAAAACCAUGGGAAGCCUAAUUCAAGGAAACCACUUUCCAUGUCACAGUUGAUGCAAUGGAAGCAUUUAUCUGGGCAACAUCAGACUCUGGCUGAUCCUUUCCUUGAAAGGAUAAAAGAGAAUGUUUCUUUCAUUUUCCAGAAUGUAACCAAUCCUACUUCCCCACCUAAUAAAACCUGAGCAUCUUUUUCUGCAUCCUCCUUGUUGUAGGCCUUGUAAACAACUGAUGUGCAGUUACCUAUUGUUCUUUUUGCCCAGUUCUGGUUUGUGUGUUUGUCGUGAGGUUUCUGGGUAAAUGUGAUUUGUGAUGUUUAUACCGAGUUGCAGUUAUUACUAAGUUAAUCGUACUUGAUGUAAUUAUAAUACAGAUCUUUAACUUUGCUUUCCAGUAUUCUGUUCCUUUGAUAUAAUAAGAUUGAUUUUAUGCACAUUCCUACUGUAAGUCUAAUUUGGUUUAUAGCUUUCAUUUGCUCAUAAUGAUUUAUUGCUUGUAAAGCUGGCAACUCUUCAGCCAAAUUUUAUAAAUUACACAAUGCUAUAUACAUGUAUAUGUUAUUAACAAGACUCUGGUUGGAUUUUUGUUAUAACAGUGUUAUGUGUCUUUAGAAAUGCAACUUUAUUACAAGGUAGAUGGUUUUUUUCCCUUGAAUUUACAAUUUAAUGAAAUUCAGAACAAUAGUCACUAAUGUCCAAAAAUCUUGAUACUGUGUCAAAAUAUUAUAAAAUUCUUCUAUUGCUUUUACUUGGGAAAAUAAGCUUUAUUUCUCAGA